GCCCCCUUUGCACCCCAUACGUUGACUUUCAGAUCCCGAAAUCGGUCUUCAUAGCUCUAGUUUUGCGUUUGCGGUCGGGGGCAAAAGGGAUCCCUCGGGGCUGCCAGCGUGGCAGGCGGAUCUGUUCUUAAAACUCAGGGCGUUCUCCCGCAGAUUAUGUCCUAAGGCUGAAGAGUUUCAACCAUUUGAGUUUACGGAAGAAAUUGGCUGUCCAGCAGCGUGAACAUCUUAACCUGUUUGGGGCAGACUUCGGAGAUGGAAGACCAAGAUUUGACUAGCCUUGAAGCUGGAAGAAGCCUCGAUGUCCUGGAUGUUGGAAAUGGGGCAGAAUUCUGGGGGAAGAAAGUGCAGAAUAUCCUGCGUGGGGUGCACACUUGCUGGUCAGAACAGCACAAGCGGUUCAGGGAGUUUUGUUACCAAGAAGCGGAAGGUCCUCGGGAAGUCUGGAGCCGAAUUCAUGACCUUUGUCACAAAUGGCUGAAGCCCAAAAGGCAUACGAAAGCUCAGAUCUUGGAUCUGGUGAUCCUGGAGCAAUUCCUGAAAAUCUUGCCGCCAGAGAUGGGGAACUGGGUUCGAGAGUGCGGGCCGGAGACCAGCUCGGAGGCCGUUGCUUUGGCAGAAGGAUUCCUUCUGAGCGAGAUAGAGGGAGCGCAGGCGCAAGGAAUGCUGGCCAGACCUGCCUCUGAGUUUCCUGACCCGGACAGUUUAUCAGCUGCCAGUAAUCCAAGGCCACCGUUUGAGAAAAUCAUGAAUGAUAAGGCGACCUCUCUAGAAAAUCAAGUGGCCGUUGACGGUGGGAGAGGCACCGCUUCUCUGCAGGCAGGUCAGGGCUCAGGGCCUGUUAACAGAGUGACUAUGGAGGAAAGGACUCCAUUAGAUCCAAACCAGAUGGACACUACAGAGGAUUAUGGGGCGGUGCCCUCUUUGGUGCCCCAAACUAAAUUCACAUCAUGGCAGGAAGUUACUGAGGAUUCAUCUGUCAAGGAUUUGCAAGAAGAAGAAAGACCAGCAGAUGGAAAGAGCAGUAAACAGGACAAAUCAAAGUCUGAAGAAAAACAGAAAUGGGGAGAGAAAGCUGUCCCUUUUGAAGAGGCUGACUUCUCUCAAAUUCCAAAAUUAGAAGAUUGUAACGAAGACAUGAAAAAUACGAGCCAUAGUAGAGAAAAACCACCGAAAUCCCUUGAGUUUGGAGGUGGCUUAAGUGAGCGGGUAAGCCUUCCUAAACCGCAGAGAGCACAUUCAGGAGAUAAAACCUAUAAAUGCUUAGAGUGCGGAAAGAACUUCACAAACCUGAAGUCACAUCAAAAGAUGCACACGGGUGAGAAGCCAUACAAAUGUUCUGAGUGUGGGAAGAAUUUCCGGUACAACAUGAACCUGAAAUCACAUCAGCGAAUCCACACGGGAGAGAAACCGUAUAACUGUUUGGAAUGCGGAAUGAAUUUCAGCUACAGCAUGAAUCUCAAAUCACAUCAAAAAAUCCACUCUGGGGAGGAACCGUACAAAUGUUCCGAAUGUGGGAAGUGUUUCACUCACAGCAUGUACCUGAAGUCGCACCAGAAAAUCCACAUGAGAGAGAAACCCUUUAAGUGUUCAGAGUGUGGAAAGAAUUUUACUCACAGCGUGAAUUUGAAGACCCAUCAAAGAAUUCACACGGGGGAGAAACCGUAUAAAUGUUCUGACUGCGGAAUGACGUUCAGGUACAGCAUGAAUCUCAAAUCGCAUCAAAAAAUCCACACGGGAGAUAAACCAUAUAAAUGUUCCGAGUGUGGGAAACAAUUCAGUAACAGCUCAGACCUUAAACUGCAUCAGAGAGUUCAUGCAGGGGAAGAAAACUCCAGUGCUCCCAAGGAACGAGUUUAAAGUCAACGCGCAACCUGUAAGAAGAUUGUGCAGAAAAGAUAUUGUUGGAUGUGGGAUCCUGCUUUUCACAUCUUCUAUCCAGGGGUGUUUGCAAGAUGGGAUUUUAAAAAGUCAAGAUGAGGGCCAUGGCCAUGUGAUUGAAUCCCUGUUUUUUUUUAACCUGUGCUGAACAGGAAUCACAUUUUUAAAAAAAACGGCUUACAUCACACAGCCAUGAUUACCAUCUAGAUCCAGGGUGUCAAACUCAAGAUCCGUGGGCUGGAUCUGACCUGUGGGUUGCUUAAAUCUGGCCCAUGGAAAUAGCAAAGGAACAGUGCCUCUGGCAGCCAAAACAGGGGUUGGGUACGUGCAGCUUCCCUGUGCCCCGUUUUGGCUGUCAAAGUGCUACAGGAGGUCGUCCAGGCCAAAAAUGGGGCGCUGGGGGCUGUGCGUUCCCGCCACCCACCCCCGGUGCCCCGUUUUGGUUGACAGGGUGGUGCAGGAGGCAUCCGUCCCCCUUCCCCCCCCCUCCCAGCCCACAGAGAACUACAGUGCUGAUCUGGCCCUUGAAACCCAGUUCGACACAGUUCUUUCUGCUUGCCUCAAAAUACAAAAUUAACUAAAUCUUGUAAAAGUGCUUAGUGUUUGAGAUGAAUUUCACUGAUAGUCUUAAAAGGUUGAAUUCCAACAGAGGACGACUGCAUGUUUUAUGCACGGAAAUAUCCCAGCUUAAAAUUGCAUCCGACAAUUCACCGAAGUGAGAAGCAAUGCAAAUAGUCCCAUAUCUCAAAACAACCUUCAGCCCAAGCAAAAGUCUUGCAUCACAUCAGGGAAUGUAGAUAGGGGAGAAUCAUAUUAAAUUGUAGAGUGUAGAUAGGAAGAAUCGUAUUAAAUUGUAAUAUGGUCUGAAAGGGGUGGGGGUGGGGAUUUCCAGUGAUUACAUAGUGCUUCAUUUUAAGAGAUUCCAUGAAUUCAGUGGAAAGAGAUGUAAAUAAUUAAGGAUCAAUUUUUCUCUGGCCAACCUGGAUUCAGCAUGGUAGGCCAAGAUUCCUUUGCUCCAAAUGUGGCAGAAAAUUCCUUCCAAUAUAUGUAUUUGUUUUUUUAAUUAGGUACCUAACUAGUGACCAAAUUAACUUUGGGGG